AUGCUUCUGUUGCCGAAUUGGAAAUGGACUUUGGCGGCCAUCGCAUUGACACCACGUCUCGGCCAGGCUGGCUUUGGCUUGUAUCCAGAGAUUUGGCCUUCAGUGUUCGGAAGCAUUGCAUAUGCCGAUCAAGCUGCAUUGAGUAGCGACCAUGAUGGCUUCACGGGCGGCGAGUUGAUCCCCUCACUGGCCACAUGUCCUAUCGCUGUACGUUGGGAUCUCAGAUGGAAGGGGUUUUUCUUUCCUUUCUAUGCGGCAUUUGAAGGACUCUCUGCUGACCAGCGUUUUAUGUUUGAUUUUCGACUUCAGUGUGACAUCUUGGCUUCUGCACGACCUGGUCAGGUGAAGAUCGACGGGACGGCCGGCUACGAGCGGGCCAAAGGGGCAUUUUGGUCCAUGGCACAACGAGAGCUCCGGCCGCACUGUAUUUACCAGCCUCUGAGCGCGGCCGACGUGUCGCUGGGUCUGAUCGUCGCUCGUCACUCUCGAUGUCCAUUUGCCGUCAAGAGUGGAGGCCACGGCAAGUUUGCGGGCGAGUCCAACAUCGACCGUGGCCUCACCUUGGACCUGGUCCACCUCAACCGGAUCGAAGUGGUCGACGACGACGACGGCCAGAGCGUCAUUGUCGGGCCCGGGAAUCGAUGGCUCGAUGUCUACACGGCCCUGGAGCCACUCGGUAUUGUCGUGGCCGGCGGCCGAGAUGCAGAUGUCGGAGUGGGAGGUUUCCUCCUGGGAGGUGGAAUCUCUUUUCAUUCUUCCCAACAUGGCUGGGGUGCAGAUACGAUACGAGAAUACGAAGUGGUGCUCGCCAACGGGACCGUCGUCACCGCCAGCCCGACUUGUCAUCCCGAUCUCUACCAAGUACUGCGUGGCGGCGGGGCCAACUUUGGCAUUGUCACGGCAUUCAAAAUGGAAGCCAUCCCCCACCGGGGCAUCUGGGGCGGUAUGGUUAUGCACGCCUUGAGCGAAACCCCGGCGUUGUUGAAAGCGUUCAUCGAGUACGGACGAAACUCACUGAAGUACCCCAAAGCCUCGGCCAUCCUCAACUUUGGACCGGAUUUCCAGACGGGCGACACGUGGAUUUGGUACAACGACAUUCAAUACACCGAGCCCGAGGUCAUGCCCGACGGACUUCGGGACCUCGUGAGCGUCCCGUCACUCGCCGAUCAUACCGUCGUGUCCAACCUGUCGGCGCAAACCAUGGGUCUUGCCGCGCUGACCGUGCCCGGCCGCCGGUAUGCAUACUGGGUCAUGAGUACCAAGCUGGACCGGACCGUCUUGCGGUACUUUGUCGACACGUGGAUGGAGGAAUUCGAAAAAAUCCAGCCUCAAUUCCGCGGCCGCUUCUUUCGCCCGACCUUCAACGUUCAGGUGCUCACGGCGGGCAUGCGCCGGAACAUGGGCCGCAACGGUGGCAACAUCCUUGGCCUCUCGCAUUCCGAAGAACCCCUUCUCCUCUACAACCCGACGCCGAAAUGGAUGGACGCCGAGUACGACACUCUCAUCGCCGAAACCGUCAACACGGUCAUGAUGAAGGUCAGGGCUGAGGCUGGGAGGCUGGGCCAGGCCAGUGACUUUCUCUACAUGAACUAUGCCAGUGAGUGGCAAGACCCCGUGGCAAGCUAUGGACCCGAGAUGCAGGCCGUCAUGCAGGCCGUCGCGGACAAGUAUGAUCCACUGGGCGUCUUUCAGACUCUUCAACCGGGGAGCUUCAAGCUCAAAGGACUGCCUGGGGGUCGUGUGGGCCCGGCUCUGGCACACUAA